GCCCUCGGCUUUUACGUCAUCGCAGGCGCGACGCCCCUAGGGACAGAGUGGGGCCCGGUUCUGCUGAGGAGGCGCGACGGGGAACCGACUGGGAAAAUGCCAGUGGCGGUGAUGGCGGAAAGUUCUUUUAGUUUCAGAAAGUUGCUGGAUCAGUGCGAGAACCAGGAGCUCGAGGCUCCAGGAGGAAUUGCAACACCCGCAGUGUAUGGUCAGCUUCUAGCUUUGUAUCUGCUCCAUAAUGACAUGAACAAUGCAAGAUAUCUUUGGAAAAGAAUACCACCUGCUAUAAAAUCUGCAAACUCUGAACUUGGGGGGAUCUGGUCAGUUGGCCAGCGGAUCUGGCAGAGGGACUUCCCCGGGAUCUACAGCACCAUCAGCGCUCAUCAGUGGUCUGAGGCCGUCCAGCCAAUCAUGGAGGCUCUCAGAGAUGCAACCCGGAGACGAGCCUUCGCCCUGGUCUCCCAAGCCUACACCUCGAUCAUCGCCGACGAUUUCGCAGCCUUUGUUGGACUUCCUGUGGAGGAGGCUGUGAAAGGUAUCCUUGAACAAGGCUGGCAAGCCGACUCCACCACAAGGAUGGUCAUGCCCAAGAAGCCAGUUGCAGGGGCCCUGGAUGUUUCCUUUAACAGGUUUAUUCCCUUAUCAGAGCCUGCCCCUGUUCCACCCAUCCCCAACGAGCAACAGUUAGCCAGACUCACCGAUUAUGUGGCUUUCCUCGAAAACUGACCAUUCUGAGUUCAAGAUCCACCUUCAGAAGCCUGAAUACUGACAAGUAGAGAAAUGUAAAAUUUUUGUUUUCAGUUUUAUUGGAUGGAUGAAUCACCUCAUCAUACUUUACUGAGUAUGUGAUAAAAUAGAUAUAUAAUAUCAAGUAUAUUAUAUAUAUUUUGUCCUUAAAACAUGCUGAAUGGUUGUUGAAACAUUUCUCAUUUUUUAAUGUUUGACAAUUUGGAGUCCAUCAGUAUUAUGCAGUUUAUAUUUCCUAGUGACUCAUAAAAUACAGCCCUCCUGCUUCUUGUGGAACAGUGGUUGUCAAGCGUUCUUUCUGCUGCAGCGCACAGCGCGUUCCCUCCCACCUGCACCAUAGGUUGGUAGUUGCCAUGGUGCAUUGGGGUGUGAGGAGGACACCCCAGAGGCAGUGUCUGCGUUGCUGGGGAUAGUAAUUCACACCCUCUUUGGAGACCAUGCUCUUUUCCUCUGCCCACCUGAGAAUCACAAAUACAAAAUGCUGAGACUGAGCUGAGGAACAAGACCAUUUCCCUGGUAAACCAGUUUGCUUUAGAUUUUUUUCUGAGAGCGUGAGUACAUCCAUUGCUGGUGGUGGAGGGCUUGCCACGAAAGUGAGACUUAUUUAAGACAUUUGGGAGAAGUAUGAAGUGGUAAUAUUUGCUUUCAGAAGAAGGGAGACGUCAGUGUGGAAUGCAUUGUUGGGGAAAGAAGCUAUUGCGUGAUACACUUUGUACAAUUGGUCUGCAGCCUAUCGGUUGCUUCUGUUUAUCCCUUGGGUCAAGUUCUGCCCAUGGGAGAAAUACUGAACAAGUCUUUCAUUUUUUUGUGUGACAGCCCUCUGAACAUUUGAAGUUGUGUAUUGUAUCUUCAGGUUAAAUUCACCCCUUAGUUCAUUUAUUCUGCAUUUGUUCAAUAAAUAUUUAAUUGAAUUCUUCAGCUGUUUUACUGAAGGUAGUUUCUAGAGGUUUCACUAUCCUGUCUUCCUGCAGAUGCGUUCUAGUUUGCCAUUGUCUCUAUUAAAGUACAAAUUUCUUAAUUAAAUAGAAAUGACCUAUA